UAUUGUUUACAAACAAAUAAACAUAAUUAGUAUUCUGUGAUAAUUAUAAUAAUAUAUAAAUUUAACCAUGGAAUAUCGGCAUAAAGGAUUACGAGCUAGAAGAAUUCUUAAAAUGGUUGAGGGAGGGGAAAGUGGGUCUGAAGAUAAUAAUGAUGUUGAAAUGCCUGAUAUUCUUCCAUGUGACGGCAUAGCAACAAAAGUUUUAAUUGAUGUACCGACUACAUCUAACGGGGAACAAGGUGACAAUGUACAGGAACCAUCUUUAGAUAUAUGUGAACUACAAACAGUAAACCUAACUCGUGAAAAUUCUACUGAAAAUGAAAUGCUUUCUAGUUCAGGUGCAGAUUAUAUUGACAUUAUUAAUCAUCAGCAUAUAAGAACACCAACAUCAGUAGCAAACCUUUCUUUUAUAUUGGACAAUGUUGAUUUUGUUGCUUCGCCAGAUGGGUAUAUUAUUCAUGCCAGUAAAAGUAAAUCGAAUACACCGACUCUAUUUGAUUGCACAAUACAGGAAGAUAAUACUAUUUUAGACUCAGAUGAUAGAAACCUCGAUGAAACAUUAGUUCCUAUUGAGAAUAAUAAAGGUUCUGUACAUAGCAUAAUCGAUGUAAAACAUGUCAAUAUUGAUAAGACUUUAACGCCUCAAAAUAGAUCUAAUUUAAGCCCCAACGAGAUGGUUAUAAUUAUAAAUAGCGAUAAAAGCCCAAGGCAACAAGGUAUAGUGGACAAUGAAGAUUCUGUAACAAUACAAGUACAUGGUACAUCUGAAUCAGAAUCACUCACUACAAUUUCUGUAUCAGGAUCACUGCCAAGCAGCUCUAUUGAACAUACUGAUGACGACGAUAACUCUCUUUCUAUCACAAACAACUUAGCCCGUAAGCGACGCCGAAAUGAAAAAGAAUGGAUAGCCAAUAAAUCUAAAACUUUAAAAAACUCUGGAAAAGCCUAUGUUGGAUGUCAUUCUAAAAAGCAGUUCCUUGCAAAAUCGGUAGGACCUUCUUGUAAAUGCAAAUUGAAAUGUGGUGAAACGUUUUCCUAUGAUAAAUUCCUUUUUUUCAUCCUAAGAAAGAUUUAUGUGGUACUUGUACGCUUUAUGAACAAGCAGAAGGCGAACAUAAGGAAUCAUUAAAAGAUAAUUACACAAAACAUAUACAUAAUAAAGAAAGAAUUAGUGAAAUCAAAAAUUCGGAAAAGGAAAAAGGCUGAUUGAUUUUUUAGAACUAAGACUGAUGUAACAAUUGUGAUUUUCUUAAAUAAAAAUUAUGUUUAUUA